UCACUAAAGCUAGAGCAUUCCGACUGAGACCUGGGAAGUUGGCCAAGAUCCCAUUCAAGGCCUGUGAUUGAACAGCGACAACAUUGAACUGUCCACCGCCGACGUCAAUCAUUCCAUUCCCCGAGUGCUCUUGCUUCGCUGUCACUGCAGCUCCGGCCUGAACUUGCCGCAUUCUCCUUCGGGUUUGCAUACAAAACUUACCCCUUUGGGACAAUACAGCACACCGCGACCGAGGGCCUACUUUUAUUUGUCUUGUUUCACGCAGCUACAGGUAAACACGAGACUGCAUGUCACCCCUGCAAUCCAAAGGGAAAUAGCGCUCUUCGUGCCGUGCUGCAGCGCCUUCCCAUCGACGCGAACGCCACACGCCGACCAUGGCCACGUUGCGGGCCCCCGACGACUUUUCGUCGCCGGUGUCAAUGGAAGGCAACGACCCUUUUAUAGUGUCGCAUCCUGACUCUACCAGACACAGAUUCUCCAAUUUCGACGCCCACGUGUUUGCGCUCGGCCCCAAUGCCUCUCCAGCUCAAGCAAAAAGAGCACUAGAAGCACAUCUCGCCGAGACAACACGAAGAAUGGCGGAGGCUGGCAAGCUGGGUCAGGCUUUGGUAGCGCAAGAGGAGGAGCUCAGGCAGCGACUGGAAGAAGUAGAACAAAUGGAACAGGAGGGCGAGCUCUCUCAAGAUUUACGGCAAAAGCUGGCAGCCGUGGAGAAGGACUACAACGAUGUUGCGCGGGAGAGCGCGAAGGCGUUCCUGCCCAAGCCAAGAAUCCCCAGCAACGAGGCCGCCGCCGGGUCGCCCUUUGUGCCAGAAGGUAGAGGCAAUAGGCGGUCCAUCAGUCCCUCGAAGUUUGAAGCCCAAGCAACAGGUUCUCCGCUCAAGUCUAGCCUACCGAAUCGAAAGCUCCGCAACCAGCCUGCCAGCCGGGUACACGACAUCGAAUUCGCGGCCGAAAUCAGUACACAGCUGAUCGCUCAAGUUCGCCAGUUGCAAUCGGUUCUAGCUGAGAAGGAGGAAGAACUCAAAGACAUCAAGGUCGAAAAGUCCAAGCUAGAGUAUGAGGCUGAGGGUUUCCAACAACGACUGAAGUCCCUGGACGAAAGCGAAGGCCGCUACAAGGAUGAGAACUGGAGUCUGGAGACGCAAGUCCAUGAUCUCACGGCAGCUCAGCGGGAAUCGGCGGACCGCGAGAAGAAGUUGCAACAAAUGGUCAACGUGUUGCAGGCCGAGAAGAACUCGGCACAACGAGAACUGGACGAGGUUAAGCUCGGCCAUGCCAGGCUAACUGAUGAAUACGCCACGGCCGUGAAGCAGCACGAUACCGAGCUCGGCGCAGCCAAACGCAACAUUGCGAUCGCGGAGGCGGAGCGACAACUCAUGCAUCGGAAGCUUGACGACUUGGCAAGUCAGAACCAAGAGCUUGCGCAGGCAAUUUCGUCCCAGAGAGGCAGAAUGUCUGAUCGACAAGAGGCUCAGCGCUUGAGCGACGAGGACUUCGCAACGGCGAACGAUGAUAUCACCCCGGAACACUCACCACCGCCUUCUCCGAUCAAGGGUACGCCUCGACACUCGUUCCUCGAGUCCGAGACCCUUAAAACCUCCCUCGGCCACGCCCAGCGAACGAUUCAAAGCUUGAGAACCAACUUCCAUCGUGAGAAGACGGAGAAGCUUGAGUUGCGACGCAUGCUUCAGGAUGUCCGAGACGAGCUGGAGAAGGCGAGACAGGAACCCCCGCCGCCCAGCAGACGCGCCAGAAAGGCCGAAUCCCGCGACCUCAAGAAGCCACCACGUCUGCUUGGAAGUCACCGUAGUUCCCGAAGCGAGAUCAUUAUUGACGAUCCCAACUGGGAGGAUCAGCCCGAUGGCAGUCCCAAUCAGUCUGCACUGCACCAGCGUGGGUCCGUGAGCACCUUCGAACCCGUUAUGGAAAGUAUUGAGAGCGAGAACUUCGAGAUGGCAAACGAGACCAGUGACCAAGCUUUCGAGACCGCUAAUGAACGGGAAACCGAAACGGAAGACUUCCAGACUGCUGCCGAUGAUACCGACGACUUCCAGACCGGUGCCGAGGAUUUCUCUAGCGAGGGGGCCGAGACAGAAACCGACAGCCCCUCCAAGCGACACACGCUCAGAGGCCGACCUCCAAGCUUCUCUACACGCUUGCAACGCAGUGGCUCGCUUCACAGCACCGCAUCCACCGAGGACGAGUACGAAUUCGAUGACAUGAAGACCCCGUCGUCGCAGUUCACCAAUGUCCAGCACAAGUUUCCCCUGCGGGUUGGUCGGGGUGCCAUGCGCAGAUCGCGGCAAGCUAGCGAAGAUGCCGCGUUCCAGAGCAGUCCGGCCAGCUUUGUUCUGAGUCGGGAUGGCACUCCUCAAGUGCCUGUGCAGAGCCUCGCGGCUGAGCUCGGCGAGUUCGACAACAGCGAUAAUGAUUCUACCCUGUCUGCAACUCCUAGUAAGAGAAGCAUCCGCUGGUCCAGACCUGGUUCCAGGAGAGAGACGACCGCGUCUCCGCCACCCGCAGUUCCUCGACUGCCUCGACGUGUCAUGGUUGAUACUGGCACGAUGACAGAGCCUCUGCCAGAGUUACGACCCAGCUCGCCAAUGAGCGUCGUGACUGCUGAGCGACCGAUGUCUAUGGGUACGGUCGUCAGCCAGUCCGGCAUGUCCGAAUAUAGCGAGGGCCAUGACUUCGAGGAAAACUUGGCUAAGUUCCCAUCUCCUCCAACUUCGCCUCCGAGGACGAACUUCGCCCUGUCAUCGAUGCAUGCUCAUGAGGUUGAAGCAAUCGAAGAGUUGGACACACGUACUCCUGAGCUUGAGGCUUUGAAAGAAGAGCAUGCGAAGCAAAUCGAACAGCUGCAUGCCGAGAAUGCGGCUGCACGCGAUGCUGCACUGGAGGCACUCGAGAGCAGUCACACCCAGCACUUGAAUCGAUCCAUCGAAGAUGUCCAGGCAGCUCAUGCUCAAGAGCUCGAGGCACUUACGUCUGGUCACACUGACCACUUGAGUCGAUCUAUUGCCGAAGUGAAGACAGCACACACCCAAGAGCUUGAAGAACUGAAGUGUAGCCAUGUCGAGCACUUGACUCGAUCUAUCAAUGAAGUGAAGUCAGCUCAUGCCCGGGAGCUCGAAACACUCAAGUCUGGUCAUAAUGAUGAGACGUUGAGACUGGCAGCGGAUGCUAAGGCUGCACAUGCACAAGAGUUAGAAGCCCUUCAAGCUACGCAUGCUGCGAAGAUUGCGCAGAUGGAAUCGGAUAGCCAAGCGGCCCAUGCCUCUGAGAUUGCAGCUCUGAAAACGAGACACGAAGAGCAACUGGCAGCUUCCAAGAAGGAAAGUGACGAAAUGCACGCCGCCGAGCUUGCUGCCCUAGUGGCUGCGCACGCUGCCCAGAUCGAGGACGCGAAAAGGAAACUUACCGAAAGCCACGACAAUGAUCUCGAAUCGCUCAAGACAAGCCAUAUGGAGCAAAUCGAACACGUCAAGCAGGAUAGCGAUGCAGCUCACGCGGAUGAGCUUGAGGCGAUGAAAGCCACUCAUCUGGCCCAGAUCGACGCGGUCAAGGAGAGCCUCGCUGGGACACAUGAACAAGAGCUGGAGGCACUCAAGGCAGCCCAUGCUCUGCAAGUUGAACAUUUCAAGCAGGCGAGUGAGGCGGCCCAUGCUGCAGAGCUUGCUGCUCUUGUCGCACUCCACGAGAAGCAGCUCGAGUCGUCAAAGGCUGAAGGCGAUGCCACCCUUACCAGGGAGCUAGAAGCCCUCAAGGACUCUCAUGCCAAGCAACUGGAGUCUUCCAACGCCGAAGCUGCUGCGACAUUAGAGCGGGAGAUACAAGCUCUCCAAAUAUCUCAUGCUCAGCAAAUGGAUUCCACCAGGGCGGAAGGUGACGCGAAGUUGGCUAAGGAGCUCAACGCUCUUGAAGCUACUCACCUCGAGCAAUUGGCAUCAUCUAAGGCUGAAGCAGAAGCCACGCUCUCUAAGGAAAUUGAAGCUCUCAAGUCCGCCCAUGCCCAGCAACUGGCGUCCACCAAGGCAGAAGGCGAGGCAACGCUAGAAAAUGAACUUCAAUCUUUGAAGGCCAUACACGCAAAGCAAUUGGAAGAUUCGAAGCAAGAGAGCGAUGCGGCUCACGCGGCAGAAAUUGCUGCUCUAGUUGCGUUGCACGAAAAACAGCUCGCAUCUGCCCAUUCCGAUAGCGAGGCGACAUUAUCAAAGGAACUUGCAGCACUCAAGGAUGCGCACGCCAAAGAACUGCAAGCCUUGAGGAGCGAACAUGACACCGCCCAUGCCCAGGAACUGGAGACUUUCAAGGCAGCAGUUGACAAGCAGAUCGAGUCCUCCAAGACCGAAGGCAACGCUGCACACACGCAGCAGAUUGAGGCUAUCAACUCAGCCCAUGCCGAGAUUGUCGAGGUCCACAAGCGAGAUUCGGAGAAGCUUCAAUCGCAACUGGAGGCUUUGAGCUUGUCACACGAGAAGCAGAUCGAGGCAUUGAAGACGGAGCACUCUUCUUUGAAGACCAAGGAGAUCAAUGUGCUUAUUGCUCAGCAUGACGAUAGACUCAAGGCGCUCGUUGAUGAGACCACCGCCGCGAAGUCAAAGGCUCUUGACGAACUUGCCUCUAAGCAAGUGAGCGAGCUUGACGCCAUUAGAAGUGAACACGCUACUCUGCGAUCCAAGGAGUUGGCCGAACUUGCCGCUAGUCACGAACAGCACAUCGAGAUGCUGACAGAAGAGCACGCGAUUUCCAGAUCCAGAGAAAUCGAUGACCUAAUUGCCAAACACGAAAGCCAGCUGGGAGCGCUGAGAGCCGAGAAUGCCGCCAUCAAGUCUAGGGAUCUGCAAGAGUUGACAUCCAGCCAUGAGAAACAGAUCGAAAAUCUCAAAACCGAGGCCACCGCUGCUAAGACUAAGGAGAUCGACGAGCUUGUUGCGAGUCACCAGAGCCAGAUCGAGGCUCUCAAGGCGGAUGCUGCUACUUCCAAGGCAAGGGAGCUUGGUGAAAUGGCGGCCCAGCACUCGCAGCAUAUCGCUUCGUUGAAAUCUGAUCACGAAUCCGCGAUUGUCGAAUUGUUAGAGGAGCUUGCGGCAAGCCACGCAUUGAAGCUGGAAGCUCUGCGAACCGAGAGCGAGUCAUCCAAGGCGGCAGAAUUGGAGACAUUGCAUGCCAACCACGCAACUUCUCUUCAAUCGCUACGGGACGAACAUGAAGCUUCACGCACAAAGGAUUUGGAAGGUCUAAAGUCAACACAUGAUUUGAUGCUCGACUCCUUGCGCACAGAACAUCGAACGGUGCUUGAUGAUACCAUCCAGAACCUCAACGCUGGCCAUGCUAAGGACAUCGAUUCUCUCAGGGAUGCCCACACCAGAAGACAAGAAGAAGCGUUGGACAUUUUGAAAUCAAGUCACGCCGAACAAUUGGAUGCACUGAGGGCCGAGAAUGAAGCAGCAUUGGCCCGGGCCGUUGGAUCCGCGAAGGCUGAGCACGAACAGGCCCUGGAAGCACAUCGAGCUGAGAGCUUGGCGGAGAAGGAGAAGCUCUUGGCGAGUCACGCUCUGGAGCUCGAGGCUUUGAAAGAGAAGCUUUUGGCUGGUCAUGCUGCAGAGCUCGAGGCUUUGAGGGCAUCUUUGACUGUCCAACCUCCGUCCCUGGGGUACUCUUCAGUGAACGCUGUUGAGACACAGCCCGUUGAGGAUUCAGAGUCUCUGCGCAGUCCCAAGCGGGAGGCAUUCAUGAUCCCGCGCGACUCGGUACCAAAGCAGCCACAGACUCCGAAUGGAUCUGCGAUCGCGGUCGUUGGGCGGAAGGGCAAAGGUGUUGCUACGCCUGUCAUUGCCGAGGACGAGACGCGUCAAUCACCAAGCUCUGCGGCUGGUCCAGAAACCCCAGAGUCCCAGCGCCCCUUCAAGGAAAUAUCCAUCAACACGGAUGUUCGACAACGGAAGCAGCCCAUGCCUACUGCUGAUCAGGGCGCACAAACUGCGCUUACUUCAGAUGGCCUUGAUCGUCUCCUGUCGAAGAAUCAGCGUCGCAACUCCCAGGAGUCUUUCAUACUCACCACUCCUCGUGGCGCAGUUAUUCCAACUCCAUUUGACGACGCAAACACCCCUACGACUAUCAGACACAAGCAAUCCAACGAGAGCAUGGGUGGCGUUGGUCGGGCCAGGACGAGGGUGAGCGACAGUAGUGCCGUUUCGGCACCGGAACCAGUGCCUGCCCGCCGACCUGGCAGUUCAUCAAGUGCCCGCGGUUCGGUUCCAGCGUUGCCACCGUUACCUGUUAAUCACAGAGAAGCCAUCGAGGCGGCACGUACUGGUUCCUCGAGUGGGAAGAGCGCGAUGGGCCCACCGCUACUGCCGGCAUCCGCGUACAAGAACUCCGCUGCACGACCUCGAACACCCGGCAGCCACUCACAGCUAUCUCCAACUGGUCGUGGCACCCCAACCCCUCGAGCGAUGAGGACAAAUUCUUCACAUGGGUAUGGCGAGGUGCACUCUCCAUCCAAAAUGACCGCCCGCAGCAGACAAUCGUCCGUUUCGUCGUUUGCGUCGGAGAUUGAUACGAGGUUCAAUACUAGGACCGACAUGUAUGGAGAAGCUGCGGGUCUUACCAGUCCCGGUACUGAUCCUCGGAUGAUUCAAGCAAUCACCCAGACCAUGAUUGGCGAAUACCUGUGGAAAUACACACGCAAGGCUGGCCGCGGCGAAAUGUCCGAGAACAGGCACAGGCGAUACUUCUGGGUCCAUCCAUACACGCGAACGCUGUACUGGAGUGAUCGUGACCCUUCCAAUGCUGGCCGCACCGAGCUGAAGGCAAAGAGUGUCCCAAUCGAGGCCGUCCGGGUCGUGACAGAUGACAACAUCAUGCCCCCUGGCCUGCACCGCAAGAGUCUGGUCAUCAUCUCACCUGGCCGAACCAUCAAAUUCACCUGCACAACGGGUCAGCGACACGAGACCUGGUUCAACGCCCUUUCGUACCUGUUGCUUCGCACCGGCCACGAAGGUCACACUGACGCAGAAGAGAUUGCCGGCAACAUCACCCAGGAAGACGUUGAGGAGUUCAACCCAUCCUAUGGACCACGCUCAGCCCAUAGCAACACUCCUCGCGGACCGCCAUCUCUUUCAUCAUACAACUCUCGGACAACCCGUAACGAGUCCCCCACCGUUGAUUUGAACAUUCCGACUCUCACGCCCACGCAUGAAAGGACAAGUGCGCGACCUCACACUCUAAGUAGAUUGAGCGGUUCUUUCUUUGGUCGUACCAGCACCACAGGCAGUGGUAUUUUCAACAGCUUGCGGGCUCGUAGUCAGACAGGCCAUGGCGACAACACUAUCUAUGAGGCGAGCGAAGUGCAUGACAGUGCCGAAGAUGUAAGGCAGAUCAUUGAGCAGCAGGAUCGGGAGGCAGACCGGCUGGAGAAUGUUCGCGCAUGUUGCGAUGGCAAACACGACGUUGGAACAUUAGCACACAGUGGGAAGAAGGGGCGCCCAGGCUAUGCGCAUAGUCACACCCACCCGGGACGGUCGACGACGCCGACGCCGAUGGCCACAACUAGAUCGAGACCUGCAUAGGCGCCGAAGGAUGUCAAUGCGAAGAAGGACGUCGCAGGAUGUGGGGUUCCUCCUUGGUCAAAUCAAUCCUACUACCAUUUCGAUUCCAGUCAAUCACUAUACAUCUUCAACUGUACAAUUUGACGCUUCACUUGUCCCACUCUAUGCAAGUGCGCGUCACCAUGAA